AUGUUUCCACUACGUCUACGAGUUCAAGCCGAUCGUCAGCUACGACCAAGGCCGUCAGAUUCGCUUUUGGAAGCAUUAUCCCUUGUACUUCUUUCUAUCCCUUCUUCUCGUCGCCGUAAACUUCACUACUUGAUACGGUUCAUGAACAAACUCUCAGCUAAUCACUGCCUACAACUUGACGAAUUGCACUCUAAUCGGGAGGCGGUGCUGAGAGGUCUGUCUAGGUGUAUAGUAUCUCUUCGUGGAUCUCCUACAAUAACUGCUCCGCAACGUGCUCACCUUGUCUCGAUUCUCCUAGACCAUGAGAAAAAGGUUUUCGGUGUUCCAAAAGGUCUGGUUUCAGAAGUCGAGGAAGCUAUUCGAGAACGUCAACGUGAAAAGGUCAUGCCAACAGAACAGUACAUGGUGAGGAAACCCGUUCCAGGAGCAAGCAGCGUGCAAUUCUUCGACCCUAUCAAGGUGAGCUACAUAUCAUUGUUCUACACUCAUAUAAUAUUGUUGGUAGGAGCGGCAAUUUUUGUAUAA